AGCAACUGUCCUGGGUUCUUGAUAACAAAGUAAGCGAAGAAAGGGAAGUGUUCCUGAUUUACUCCCAGACUUGGAGAGAGCAGGUUUGUUCUACUCGAGAGGGAGAAGCUGCAGCCCUGGGAAGGAUGGGAAUGCUGGUGAGAGCAGCCGUGUUCAUGAGUCCUCUUCUCUUCUGCAACGCUUUUCUGGUCCUGACUGGCCCCAAUGAGAUCAAAGGCAUAUGGAGGGGAUCUACCGCCUUGCCAUGUGCCUACGUGCCUGCGGAGGACUUUGUGCAGCAAACGCUCACGUGGACUGUGGUACACGACCAGAGCUCUGGCACCGUCUUUCGGAGGGAUGACUCUGGCGACCACACUCUCCUGUCCGAGUACAGGGGCAGGGUCAGCAUCCCGAAGGAAGUCCCAGGGAACGUGUCUCUCCACAUCCUGAACCUGGAGAUCUCUGACAGGGGAGCCUACACUUGCCAGGUCACCUGGAGAGCCAGCAACAACAGCCUGGUAACAAAAGAGAUGACCACUAAACUGGAGGUUGUUAAAGUUGCAGCGACCAAGCCCGUCAUCAGGGCCGGCGAGCCAGGGCUGAUGGUCCCGGCAGGAGCCAGGGCCAGCCUGACCUGUGUGGCCAGCGGGUCCCCCCCCAUCAGCUACCGCUGGUUCAGGAGCGCCCCGGGAGGGAAAGCCCUGCUCCUGAGCAGCCAGGCCGAGCUGGCGUGGGACAGCCUGCGGCCCUCCGACGCCGGGAAGUACUACUGUGAGGCAGAAAACAGGGUUGGGGCCGGGGCUGUGCAGCGGAGCGACGCCGUUGAGCUGACGGUGAGAGAUCCGCCCAUGACAACGGUGGCCUCUCGGAGGGAUGUGGGAACCUUGGGGAGAGACUGGCCAACCACAGAUCUGCCCGCAACAGUAGUGACUUCUGAGGAUGGUGCGGGAUAUCCAGAAAAGAAUUAUACAACUCAGAAUUUCCAGAGGACUCAGCUGUCCCUAUACCUGGUCAUCCUGAUUGCUGUGGUUUGCGGUGCUGUGGUUUUCCUCAUCAUCUUUCUUAUCGUUUGCAUCAGAAAGCCCAAAGAUGCUCACGUCUAUGAAGUAAAAUUGCAUAACUCGAGAGCAGCAGCUUCAAGGCAUGAAAGUACGGGUCAUUAUGAGGAACCCAUCUCCUCCACUGAAAACAACUAUGCAAUGGAGCCCAUGAAAAAAAAAACAUGUGAAGAAAUAAAUACAAAAAAGAAUGAAUAUGAAUGUGUUGGAAACACCCAGGAAUCAGAAUAUGAAGUAGGGGACACUGUAUGAGAACCAACAGUGCUCUACAGGUAGCAGUCCUGAAGAGUACCUUCAUCCAGGCAAAAUUUAUCUUCCUAUUCACCUUUGCCUCUGAAAAAUAGGUUGGACAAGCAGUUUUUGCUCCUCCACAAUUUGUGGAGCCUUAAUCUCUGCAGUGAAAAUGCAAACCUCUUUAGGAACUUCAGUUACAGACUGCUGUAUAGAUCUGAUUUUGCUUUUCUUGGUUCCCUUUCACCACCUCUGUAGAAGAAAGCCCUUUGAAAGCUAGGGUAUGCAGGUCCCAGGCCAAGAGCACUGUGCUAAACUUACUGCUUUAUGUGACCAAAAGGAUCUGUGUUCACAGCCUUCGUGUGGUCGGAGUAGAACCAGCACUGAGGGUUGCUCAACAUCCCCAUCAUCUUUGGGUAAGAAGUGCAGAAUGAGGCUGGCCUGGGAUUCCGCGUUUCUCCUCCCACCCGCCUGAAGUGCUGCACAGGUGAUAGAAAAUCCUUUUAAAUGUGAGACAGCCCUUGAAGAAACACUGAAUAGCUGCUCAUCCCGUGCUAUGAAAACCCAGGGUACGCAGAGGUCCAAUGGGAAAUUAGAGGAAUGAACGAUAUAAAAGUUCAUCAAAAUUCACAAACCGUCAGGCACACCUUACAGGUGCUUAUGAGUGACCUUAUACUUUCUCCCUGAAUUUCCUGUACCACAAGUUUUAUUUCUUUUUGUUAAGAAUGUACUUAAAAAUCAGGGGCUGGGAAACCUUGAUUUCAAAAUGGAAAGGGAACAAACAGCAGCUUUCGUUGGUGAUGAUGUCUUGGAAAAAAUUGUCAACAUGUACAUGCAGCUUACUGCAAAUGUGGAGAAGCAAAUGAAAAUCAUUAAACUUCAGGACUGCAAAGCUA